CAUGUAACAUAACAGAUUCUAAUCUUUUACGAGUGCGAACAGUGUUUGUAACGAUCGCUAACGAGCAACAGCUAAGACUGGAUGCGGCGCUAUCGAGGCCUUCGAUAAUACGCGCAACAGUUAGCUGUCAUCACAAGAAUUUAUAUAUUUUUUUGCCUUUGUAAUCAAUAAAAAUAAAAUAUCACUGUGGAAACUUAAAAGUGACCAUUUGAUUGUGCAACAAAACUUACGAUGAAGAAGCUGUAUCUGUACCUUGUAUUGGAAUUAUGCGUGUUGACCAUGUCGCAAAGAACUGCCUUGGAUACGUCGAUUCUCAAUUCCAUCUACCGUGGAUAUCGUAAUUGGUUAACGCAAUCCUAUGGCACAACAAAUGAGGAUCGAAUGUCUCAACUACGGAAUAAAAAUAACUUUCAAAAGGAAAUUCCAAUACACGUCCCUUUUCCUUGCAACGUUACAGCUGGCAGGUCUCCAAAAGUUCCCGAGUCGGUUCACCAUUUAAAACCAGGAGACAUAGAUGUCAUUGCUGCAAUGGGUGAUUCCUUGACAAUCGGCGCUGGAGUUACUUCGAUUUAUAUGUUCGAGGUGAACAUUGAAAAUAGAGGCAUAGUGGGUAGUAUUGGCGGUCAAGGAACUUGGCGAGAGUACCUGACUCUCCCUAAUAUUCUUAAAGAAUUCAAUCCUAAAUUAAUAGGUUAUUCACUUGGAGACGCUAUAAGUAGUGAUCCAGCUGCGCAGUUAAACGUCGCCGAAGGUGGAGCUAUGUCUAAAGAUAUGACUUUCAUGGCGACAUAUCUGAUCAAUAAAAUAAAAGAUGACCCGAGGAUAGAUAUCAAUAAACAUUGGAAGUUGAUUUCGUUGAUGAUUGGAAGCAAUGAUUUUUGCCUUAAUGCGUGUGCAACAUCUCCAUGGACUAUGUUAAAUGAUCACAAAAUAGAUUUAAUUUAUACUCUUAGAAAAAUAGAUUUAAUUAAUACUCUUAGAAUAUUAAGAGACAACUUACCAAGAACUUUUGUUGCUCUUAUACCACCACCUCACUUAAAGGAACUGGUUGCUGCACACAAAGGAAGAGAGUCAUUGCGGUGCUAUGUGUCAUCCAUGAUUGAAUGCUCAUGUAUGUUUGCUUUAAAAUUUAGGGAUGAAAGACCGGAAUAUUAUGAAUUAAUGGAGAGGUGGCAAGAGAUUGACGAAGAAGUCGCUAAUUAUCCAGAAUUUCAUAGAAAUGACUUCACCGUAGUAAUGUUACCGACUCUGGUAGAUGCAAAAAUACCUCUUGCCGAGGAUGGAUUUACCGACCUCUCAUAUCUUAACGCUGAUUGCUUUCAUUGGAGUCAAAAACUACAUGCAUUAUAUGCGAAUAGUCUGUGGAACAAUUUGUUGGAACCAGUUGGUAACAAGAGUGGUGCUUUCACUUCGCUAUUUAAAGAAUUUCUGUGUCCUGCUCCGGAAAGACCGUUCUUGAUGACUUAUAAAAAUUCACAGAACGAUGAAACUUAAGGAUGGGUAGAGAAGUUUAGAACAGUUUCUGUAAGUGGAAGAUGUAUUAUAAUCUUCGUAUUUGCCUAUUUAAAAAUGACGAAAAUUAUAAUCAGCAGAUGUUCAAAAAUAACAACCAAUGUUGGAUCCAUAACAAUAUUUAAUUUCUACUGUGCUA